AUGGAACCCGCUGUUUGCGAUGACUUUCCUGCCUGGGGACAGCUCCCGGCCGAGCAAUAUCUGAUUAGGCAGUGGAACCCCGCAUCACCUGAACCGCCCGCCCAACAACGGACUCGCCUUAUCCAGGAAUUUCUCGACCUCGAUGAGAUUCCUAGAGAGCUUGAUCCUACGUUUUUUGGAUGCCAUGCCUGGAAGCCGGGGCCGCAGACGCGCAUUCCAAUAGAGGAAGAAAUUGCAACGAUCCUUCGGCCGUGGCGGCCAGACUGA